AAGAGACCUACACUGGUCAGAUGUUCGCUUCGACGUCACAAAGAAAUGAUGAUGGUUUGCGGGCGUCUUACAAUAUCUCGUUACUUAUAGCAAAAUCCGGAAAACCGCAUACUAUCGGAGAGAAGUUAAUUUUUCCAGCCGUUGAGGAGGUUUUAAAAACUGUUUUACACAAACCUGCAUCUGAUAUCAUUAAAAGAAUUCCCUUAAGCAACAAUACUGUUGAAAGACGUAUUGAUGAAAUGAGUUCUGAUAUUGAAAGCUUCUUAUGUAAUUAUUUGCAAACGACCCAUUUCUCUAUUCAACUGGACGAGUCAACUUUACCGGAUAAUCCAGCAUUAUUAUUGGCAUAUGUUCGUUUUAUUAUGAAUCAACAAAACUACGAAGAACUGCUCUUCGCAAGAACUUUGAUAACCGACACUAAAGGUGAAUCAAUAUUUCAUGUUUUGAAGGAUUACUUCAUUGAAAAAGCAAUUCCUCUAUCAAAUAUAAUAUCAGUAGCUACAGAUGGAGCACCUGCCAUGGUUGGACGUUAUCGUGGAUUUAUAAGCUAUUUAAAACAAAAUGUGUCAGGGGUGUUAGCAAUACAUUACGUCAUCCAUCGACAACAUUUAGUUGCUAAAAAUUUGAGUGUUAGAAUGCAUGAAUCACUUCAUUUAGUCAUUGAUGCAGUAAACCGAAUCCGAAGCAACGCGUUGAAUACGCGUUGUGUGAAGAAAAAACACUUUCAUCAAUUACUCCUUCACACUGAAGUACGCUGGCUGUCGAAAGGCUUAUGUUUGACAAAAUUUUUUGCACUUUUUGAGACUAUUUUAGAAUUUCUGGAUUCUAAAGAUAAAAUUUUAAAAGAAAAUUUAAUGAAGAGGAAAACAGACAUCGCCUAUUUAACAGAUUUGUUUACAAAAUUUAAUAUGCGUUUCUUGCCAGAGUUAAUAAUGAAGCAAAAUAUUGGACGGGGCGAAUUUUCUCAGUUCCCCAAUUUGUCACAGACAAGCUGCCAGGAAGACGACGUUUCAACUUACGUUCAACAUUUAAAUGCCCUCUAUUCAGAUUUUGAAUCUAGGUUUGAGGAUAUUUUGACUAUGGUAAUACCAGCGUGGAUAAUUAAUCCAUAUGGUGACAUAGAAGAAACGAAUGUCAUAAUACAAGAGGAACUGACUGAACUAAGUACAAACGAAGAUCUUAAGGUUCAGUUUAAAAAUGGAUAUCAGCAAUUCUGGCUGCAAAACAACAUACCCGUUACUUAUCCCGUAUUAUGGAAUAUAGCGAGGAAAUUUUUAUUUUCCUUACCAUCGUCAUACCUAGUGGAAAGGGAGUUCAGCGCUGUUACCAAUCUUCUAACGAAAACAAGAAACAGACUGGACAUCAUUAGCCGAGGAGAUUUAAGAUUAACCCUUACAAAAUUGACGCCAAAUGUUGAUAAUUUAUUAUUAAAGCAUCAGGUUCAUCCUUCUCACUAA